AUGGCGGAAUCCUUUUCCACCCCCGAUUCUCAAGGGGCUGCCGCUAAUGAACCCCCACAGCCCACCUCAUCUUUGGCUUCGGCUCCACAAAAUGUAUCCCAGGGCGCUGCGCCCGUCGCGGGGCCUCAUGAUGGUGAAUCUUCGGACUCAGACGAGGCAGAGCCUGAAGAAGAAUUCUCGGACUACGCAGAGGAUUUCGCGAGCGAUACAACAUCCUUGAACUCUGAAAUCACUUCAUACCGAUUUGAGAAUGGACGACGUUACCACGCCUACAAAGAAGGGGCUUAUUGGGGACCUAAUGACGAAACGCAAAAUGAGCAACUAGAUAUUGCUCAUCAUAUGUUUACUUUGCUUCUCGAUGGUAAACUACUACUCGCGCCGAUCAGCGACAAUAUACAGAGAGCGCUGGAUGUCGGCACUGGCACUGGGAUCUGGGCCAUCGACUUCGCAGACGAGUAUCCUUCAGCACAAGUCAUUGGGACCGAUCUGUCACCCAUACAGCCUGGUUUUGUCCCACCUAACCUACAGUUUGAGAUCGACGACGCGACGGAAGACUGGGUCUAUCCGGAGAACCAUUUCGAUCUGAUCCACGUUCGUGCACUGUAUGGCGCGAUCGCGGACUGGCCCGCAUUCUAUCAGAACGUUCUCAGUCGCUUGCGGCCUGGGGGCUGGUUUGAUCAACUCGAGAUGUCUAUACAAUUCCGAUCGGAUGAUGGAACGGUGACAGACGAUCAUGUUCUGGCAAUCUGGUCGAAGACCUUCAUUGAGGCGGGCGAGAAGUUUGGCAAAACCUUCCGCAUAGCUGAUCUUGCUAAGGGCUAUAUGCAGCAGGCUGGAUUCCACAACGUGACGGAACACCGAAUGAAGUUGCCUGUCGGCCAGUGGAGUCGAGACAAGAAGCUGAAGAAACUAGGCAUGUGGAACCUGGUUCAUUGCGAGCAGGGUAUUGAGGGAUGGGCCAUGGCGCUGCUGACCCGAGUCAUGGGGGUCUUCCUCGCCCAGAUGCGAAAAGGCCUCCGUGAUCCGAACACUCACGCAUACUUCAACGUACUGGACGAGCACGAAGCUAACUUAGGAUUGUUCCCAUCUGGGUUAUAA